UAUACAUUUUGCCACAAUUAUAGGUCAGGUUUUUGAUGUGGUGAAAUGAAGGCUAACACUUUGGUGUGUAGGACUUUUGUGCAAGGAGUCUCUCGGAUCUUAGCUUCAGGUGUUGGGUUGUAAGUCAUUCUAAGCAAUCUCCCUGUAAUUGCUUUUUAGAUUUAUAAUAACAUGCCUUUUUAAUAGUUCAGAUAUGCUAACUUUCAGUAGCAAUCUAAUGGCACCUGUAGGGAGGUUCAUCUGGGGCUGGAGAGGGAGUCUAGAGCUCCAGCAUCCUGUGUUUGGGCCUGGCUGCAUCACCUGUGCAUCCCUUCGAGGGCUGGCGUGUCGUGACGGAGCCUCGGGAGGGGUAACGGGGGCCCACCCCCCGGCUCCCGCCGGGAAGCCGCCGCGGUCCUGCGAGGACUACUGGUGGGAGUGGAAGCACUGCCGCGGGCUGCAGCACGCCUUCCACCACUACUACACGUACGGGGAGCUGCCGGCCUGCGACCGCUGGCGGGACGACUACGAGGCGUGUCGCGCCUGGGAGAGGGGCUGCGCCGCCGCCGCGCAGGAAGCUUUGUGCAAGAGUGAAAGAGCUCGAGUUAUGGAAAAACAGAAAUAUGCUCCAGUGUGGACAUUCAGGAAGAGCCCACCGCCUGACUGGUAUCUUCCACUUGACCAAGACAAACCAAAUUAGCAAGACCCUUUUGCUGUGUUUGGAUUUCAUCUCAGCAACGCAUCAGGCAACUCCCAAACUAGUGCAUCUAUGAUCUAGCUCCUCUUGCUCGACAAGGACCUCUUCCCCUGCCAGCUGGUGUUGCGCACUUUUGGAACAAGGUACCCACCCCACACCUGCCAGAUGGGAAAACAAAAACAAGCUGGGACUCCUCCCUGCCAGUUCAGGACAAUCACAACCACUGACAUUUAAAAAGCAUUUUUCAGAUUCAUGACUGUCAUAGGUUAAAAGCUUCUUACCCACUGGGAUGAUGUUGCAGGCCCUGAAACUGCAGCCCUGUCCCUUUGUGGAACUGCUCUCCAAUGGUGGUGUGUUGACAGUGGUAUUCAAAAUUACUACAAAAAUAAAGGUUUAAAAUGAA